CUUUACUUCAAUGAAUCUACAUCCAGCAAGGGACACAACUGUCAUUUUAAUCUCUAACAGCGUUUUCGUUUCUCUUCCUCAAUCCCGAAACAUUAGCGAAGAAAAGGAAUCAAAGGUUGUUCUGUAGUGGAGACGAAAAAUGGGACUACUAUCCAACAGGGUAAGUAGGGAGAGCCUGAAAGCAGGAGAUCAUAUUUAUUCUUGGAGGACUGCGUAUAUAUAUGCUCAUCACGGUAUUUAUGUUGGUGAUAACAAAGUCAUCCACUUCACCAGACGAGGACAAGAAGUAGGAACGGGUACCGUGCUUGAUGUUCUCCUCACCAGUUCUGGCCCGGCCAGAUCUCGAGAAAUUUGCCCAAAUUGCACAACAUCACAAGAUGAGCAUGGUGUCUUUGUCUCAUGCCUGAAUUGCUUUCUAUCCGGUGGUGUCUUAUAUCGUUUUGAGUACGCUGUCUCCCCAACUCUCUUCCUAGCAAAAGCACGCGGUGGAACAUGCACUCUUGCAGUCUCUGACAACAACGACAUCGUAGUCCACCGAGCUAAAUAUUUACUCGAAAACGGCUUCCGUUGCUAUAACAUAUUCAAGAGCAACUGUGAAGACUUCGCAAUUUAUUGCAAGACCGGACUCGUGGUUGUCGAUGGAGGAACAAUCGGGCAGAGUGGUCAGGCAGUUUCCAUUAUAGGUGGACCUCUUGCUGCUGUUCUAUCUACGCCUCUUCGUCUAGUAACCACAAACGUGUAUGGAAUGGCGGCAACUGCGGUCGGUGUUUACUGUGCAAGUAGGUAUGCCGCGGACAUCGGAAUGAGGAGUGAUGUGGUGAAAAUACAAGUGGAAGAUUUGACAAGUAGGUUGAAUAUUGGUUUACUGCAAGUUGUUGAGCCUCAAUUUUCAAUGAACCUUGCACCUCAAUCUACUCAGAUUAUUAGUCAAUAAUCAAAUACUAUGCUUUGUUUAAUUAUAUGAUUUGCUUUGAAUUUUAAGUAUAUGGCAAUGAUAUGUGGUGUUUUAACCAUAUGGGUUUGUGAACAAUUUGAAAUUUAAUUUAAAUAUCUAUAGUUGUUUGAAUUUGUAUAA